UUUUCCAAUGCAGCCAAGCUGGUUGUGUAUGGAAAGUGCCGUACACAAUUAUCCUAUGCAUCACAUCCUAGCGUACACAUCACGCCUAGCCAAUCACAAGCCAGAGAAACCAGAGAUAAUCAGAGCCCAAACGGGCUUGGCCAUGAGAUUGAGAGCUGGAGGAGCAACCUACAAAACCAUCAUCGCUACGACUUUUACUACCCAAUCACACCAAACCAGAUUCCUUGCGAUUCGCGCCCAGAAGAAAUCCAUGGCGGAAGACUCACUCAACAAGGCCACCAAACAGUUGCACUCAGCGCCUCCGGCCGUCGCCGGUAAAGAUGGGGGAGAACCUCCAGCUGCUGGAUCGGAAAAACCCCCGCCGCCCCCUCUGCCGGAGAAGCCGCUGCCUGGGGAUUGUUGCGGAAGCGGCUGCGUUCGGUGUGUGUGGGACAUUUAUUACGACGAACUUGAGGAUUAUAACAAGCUUUACAAAACGGGAAUUCUUUGCAGUGGAGGCGAAGAUAUGCGUUGUUUACAGGUAUGUUGGGUUCUUCUCCUGGUUUUGGUGCUGUUUGGAGACUCGCCCAAAGGAGUCAAAGCCUCCAAUUCGGCUUCGGCGUUGGUCCAAAACAUCAUCUACUCCAACAAAAUUGCAUUCUUUUCCAAAUCAUAUUGUCCAUACUGCCUUCAUGCUAAGCGCAUGUUAAGUGAACUACAUCAAGAACCUUUCAUUGUUGAGCUUGAUCUUCGAGACGAUGGUGGUCGAAUUCAGGAUGUUCUUAUAGAUUUAGUAGGCCGAGACACUGUUCCACAGAUAUUCGUGAAUGGAAAACAUAUUGGUGGCUCCAGUGAUCUCAGAGCUGCCAUUUCGAGUGGUCAACUACAGAAACUUCUCAGCACCGGUUAAUAUACUGGGAAAUUGAGAGAUAGCUUCCAAGCACUCUAAAUAGGUCUAGUUCAUAAUGAUUUUAUGUCAUUGUGUGCCAAUGCUAAAGUCUAUUAUAUUGAUGUAUGUGGAGAAUUUACUCAGAAAAAUUAAAUAGGUUAAGGAACAUAAAUCAAGUUUUUAUGACUUGCAAAUAAUGAAAUUGUAAUUUCUUUGCUUGAGUUUGCAUCAACGAGUUGCCACCUCUAUCCGGUUCUCAUCAAUCUGAAUUGUUUUUUUUUUCUUCA